GCUGUGACUGGUGGCUGAGAAAUACAUUUCCUAUCUCACUUAUUACCUAUCACAUUUCCCCCUCACCAACACCCCUGUCUGUCGGAAAUCCAACAAACUACAUCUGCCUACAUCAGUAGUCAAGUGUCCUUCUCAUCAUGUAAGAGGGCAGCCAGCACCUUCGCCCUCGCCAUCACGGCCACAGUGGUCUCGCAUCCUACAGUGGCUAGCCGAAGGUGUCAUUCAGGUAGCCAUGCUCCCUCGAUCCACCUCGGCCGGUGCGCCGUUGGGACGGUGCUCCACUGUGUUUCUGCAUAUAUUGGCUGGUCGUAAAGUGCUUCCUUUUCCUGCACUUCAUGUCCGCCGUUGGCGGUCGAGCAUCACCCAAGCGGCAUCCCCUAAAAUCGAUAUAUCCGAGAUAUGUCAGAGUCGCACCGUAAAAACGUCCCUGGACCAAGCCCUUGGGUUAAGAGACCUCGAGAUACUGGCGUCUCGCAAUAACGGUCACCAUGCCUUAGACAUUCUCCGGAAACUUGGAGAUAGGGAUGGCAAUGCAAUGAUUCUAAAGGGUAUUCGCUGCUUACAGGCAUACCAUGACCGCAUCAGUCCUUACUCGGUGGAAUUUGCUAAAAGGAUCAUCGCCGCCGAUGACGCUGGGGAAGUUGUGCAUGCAUGGGUUUGUCAGCCUCAUGUUCAAGAAGCAAUUGAAUCAAACCACCAGGACAACACGAUUUUGUUGUCUCUCGUCGCAUACAUUCUAGUAGGGGCAGGGGAAACCGGCCUAUUCGACACCUGGAUAAAGAAGUAUCGGCCCUAUCGGCCAGGUCUCAAGCAGUGGCAAAUUCACAAGAAAGACAGACUGUAUCAAUGGGCCGGGAUUAUGAGAGCGGCGUUGAUACACGCGCUAAUUGCAUGGGAUUCGAGAGGAUUUGCCGACUCGGGUUAUGACUAUUUCUCAGAAGAAUUUGAGAAGUUUUGGCUCAAUGAGAGCGAUUCCGUGGAAUGUUACAACUACAAUACGACUUGCGCUCCGUGGGGGAUUGCUGCGUUAGAACUGCAAAGGGACUAUAUUUCUUGGUCAUAUCCAGCAAGCUCAAGGAGCUACGAGCGCUGUGCAAACCAUUUAAUUGCGUAUCGAACACUACGUUACCCCGAAUGUCGAUCACUCUAUAUAGCAUAUAUGGCCUUGGACCACCCUAACUCACCUUCCGCAGAACCGUUUAUUGUAUUUUGCGAAGAGGUAUCUCGCGAUUUGCAUCACCCCAUCAGAUAUUGGUCGCCUGGUCACAAGCACAUAAAGCCUGAAGAUUUUCUCUGGUCGCUGGCAGAGGUGGCAAAGGAAAUUUUGAUUAAACAAGAACGUUUUGAAGAGGCGAAUUUUGUUCAUCGGGUCGUUUAUGAUAUAUGGGGUUUGAGGAGUGAAUCUCGUCACCUCUAUCGGACUGAACUCUAUCCGGCCCAACGUAAAAUAUGGGAACAGCGGAAUCAGAAAGCUGUAAAGGCUAAGCAACCUAAAUUUUACAUACCCCAUGAGUUUUAAACCUUUUCAACUUAUGAUUUACUAGCUAUGAGUUAGGAGUUCAGUAUGUUUACUUGUUAAGCUGUUCCUGCUAGCUUUGCUAUGUUUUACAACGUGCAUCCGUCUAUGGUAAUUAAGAAA